AUGACAUCCGAUAGUUCUAUUUUAAAUCUAUCGUCAUCUGAUGUGAAAAAUGCUUUCGAUCAACAUGUAUAUAUAUCAUUAAAUAAAGAUUUAUCAUUAACUACACUUUGUUAUGAUGCGGUAUUAUGUUAUUUAUCGAAUAUAAUUGGUCAAGGAUCAUUAAAUGAAUUGGAAGAAAAUCUUAAACGUUAUUUUUCAUUGGACCAAAUGAGUGAAGCAUAUAUAAGUUUACAAAAUUGUUUAAAUUAUAGUUUAUCAAUAAUAGAUUCAAAUAAAGAUUCGAAUGCAUAUAGUAUUUUAAAACAAUGUUCAAUCAAUUUAAUUGAUUCAACAGCAUUAUUAUUAAUCAUGGAAACAAUCUAUACAAAUAAUUUAUUUUCAUAUUUACCAAUAUUUGUUACAAAUGAUUGGCUUCAUAUGAUACGUAAUGUACAAAAUCUUGAAAAAUUUGAUACAAAACCAUCAUUACCUAUUUCUAAUCUUGUUAAACAAAUGUUUACAUUGAAAGAACAUUUAACAUUAUUACAUAAUCAUGUUAAUAAUAUUUAUCAUAUACCAUCAACAAUGCAUUCAUCUGUAUCAGUAUUAAAUGAUCAAUGUUGUUUACGUACAUCAUGUACUCAUAAUUCAAAUAUUUAUCCACCAGCAAUAAUAGUUGAUUCACCAACAUCAUCCUGGUCAUCAAUAGAUAUUGAUGCAGAACGAAUAACAUCCAUACCAGGUUUUAUUCGAAAUCCUGUAACGAAUUUCAUAAUGCCAAUAACAUCGACGACAUCAAAUAUGGAUUCAUCAAUGAUUUCGAUGGAUGAUAAUAUGAGUAGUGAUGAAGAACAAGAAGCAACUUCAUUUUCGUUAUUUCGAAGAUUUUCUUAUCAACCACCAAUAAGUAAAACAGGACCGGUGAUUGUUAAACGUGAUGAUGUUUUAUGGAUGUAUCCAGCUGCAGUUCUUAAAACAAAGCAUAAUUCACUUUUUUCAUCUACGCAUGAAAGUACAGAUCCAUAUGGUUUUACUCCAUUAUUUGUACGAGCAAAUAGUUUUGAAGCCGAAGAAACACCUUGGUUUCCACGUCGAAUUGAAGAUUUAGAUCGAUGUUCAAUUAAAGUACUUUUAUACGGAGCAGAUCUUGAUGCUGAUCAUCCAGGUUUUACGGAUAAGGUCUAUCGAGCUCGUCGUAUGUAUUUUCAUGAUCUAGCUAUAGCAUAUAAACAUGGAGAUCCAAUUCCACGUGUAGAAUAUACCAAAGAAGAGACAGAAACAUGGGGUGCGGUUUUUCGAAAUUUGAAUAAAAUAUAUCCAACACAUGCAUGUAAUGAAUAUUUGGCUAAUUGGCCAUUAUUAAGAGAAAAAUGUGGUUUUCGAGAAGAUAAUAUUCCACAAUUAGAAGAUAUAUCACGUUUUCUACGUGAACGUACUGGUUUUACAUUACGACCGGUUGCAGGCUAUUUAUCACCAAGAGAUUUUUUAUAUGGUUUAGCAUUUCGUGUUUUUCAUUGCACACAAUAUAUUCGACAUUCAUCAAAUCCAGCAUAUACACCUGAACCAGAUUGUUGUCAUGAAUUAUUGGGUCAUGUUCCACUCUUAGCCGAUCCUAAUUUUGCUCAAUUUUCACAUGAAAUUGGUUUAGCAGCUAUUGGCGCUUCGGAAGAAGAUAUUAAUCGAUUGGCAACAUGUUAUUUUUUUACAAUUGAAUUUGGUCUUUGUCGACAAAAUGAUGGUCUUCGUGCAUAUGGAGCUGGUUUACUUUCAUCAUGUUCUGAAUUACAACAUGCAUUAAGUGAUAAAGCACAAAAAUUACCAUUUGAUCCUGAAAUUGUCUGUAAAACAACAUGUUUAAUAACAACUUAUCAAGAUCAAUAUUUUGUUUCGGCUAGUUUUGUUGAAGCAAAAGAAAAAAUGAGAGAAUUUGCUUUAUCAAUUAAACGACCAUUUGCUGUUCGGUAUAAUCCAUAUAAUCAAAGUAUUGAAAUCGUUUCCAAUACUCAACAUGUUGCACAAAUAAUAUCUGAUCUUAAAGGUGACAUGUGUAUCAUAUUUGAUGCAUUAAAAAAAAUUGAAAAUAAUAUUGGAAAUGACAAAUAA